AAAUCGCUUAAUUACUCUUGCUCAAUACAGUUGAAAACUCGAAAGAAAACGGAUAACUGUAAGCAUGAAGUUCUUGUUAGUAUUGUCGCUGUGCGCUCUCGCGGCGGCAGCACCACAACUAGACGGCCAGCGUGUCGUCGUGGUAGACUCCGUGGACUCCGCGCCAGAGGUCCAGCUGGACGCCUCGGUGUCGGACGUCCAGGGCCGCAACAUCCUCAUCAACGCGCUGGUCCGCCAGCUCAUCGCCUACAUCCGGAACAUCAUCAACAACGGCUCCAUCCUGUUCGGCAUCCCACCCCUGGACCCACUCUACCUGAAAGAGUACCACCUUCAGGUCCCCGCUGGUCUGAUCAACCUCGACCUUCAGCUGAAGAACAUCGAGAUGACCGGCAUCGGCGGCUUCGUGGUCCACACCAGCACCCUCAACCUCCGCCCUCAACUCACCUUCGAACUCGACAUCUCCGUACCAGAGCUGCACGUCAGCACAGAGAUUUACGACUUAAACGGUGAUCUCCUGACCGCUAUUCCCAUCUAUGGAAACGGCAAAGCAAGAUUCGAAGUGAAGAACUUCCGUUUCCAAGCCAAGCUCCACCUCGGCCAGUCUGAGGACGGCAAGUCUAUCAUCAUUGAUCGUAUUGAAAACGCUGCCUUCCAGUUGCCACACUUCAAGUCUGAGAUCGAAGGCGCGAUUGGCGGUGGUGACAUCGACGCGAUAGUCAACGCCAUCGUUGAGGAGGUCCUCAUCGGCUACAUCAACCGCUUCCACGGCGCGGUGGUCCAAUACGCCUCCCACGCCAUCGUCUCCUUCGGAAACCCCAUCCUGGAACAGCUCGACACCUGGCGCUUCAUCGCUCCCCUCAUGUAAACGACUGAUAAUAUAAUCUAAAAUGUAUUGUUUGA